AUGUACAUCAAACAGAUCAUCAUCCAGGGCUUCAAGUCCUACAAGGACCAGACGGUCAUUGAGCCAUUCUCACCCAAACACAAUGUCAUCGUCGGCCGCAAUGGAUCCGGCAAAAGCAAUUUCUUCGCAGCGAUUCGCUUCGUCCUCAGCGACAAAUACACACAGCUCGGCCGGGAGGACCGACAAGGCCUCCUGCACGAGGGUGCUGGGUCCGCCGUGAUGAGCGCCUACGUCGAACUCAUCUUCGACAACACCGACGAGCGCUUCCCCACGAACACCCCCGAGGUGAUUCUUCGCCGCACGAUUGGCCAAAAGAAGGACGAAUACAGCUUGAACCGCAAAAAUACCACCAAGCAGGAGGUCCUCAACAUCUUGGAGAGUGCCGGGUUCAGCAGGAGCAAUCCGUACUACAUCGUGCCGCAGGGCAGAGUGACAGCCAUUACCAACAUGAAGGACAACGAGCGUUUGAACAUGCUCAAGACGGUCGCGGGUACGGAGGUGUACGAGAGCAGGAGAUCAGAAUCGCGCAAGAUCAUGGAUGAAACUCACCACAAACGCGAGAAGAUUGACGAUCUGCUUGAGCACAUUCGUGGGCGACUCAACGAGCUCGAGGAGGAAAAGGAGGAGCUUCGUGAGUACCAGGAUAAAGAUCGUGAGCGAAAGUGUCUCGAGUACACUAUUCACCACCAUGAUCAGGAAAUGCUCCAAGAUCACCUUGACCGAAUCGACGGGGAUCGCGAGGAGGGCGCUGAGCAGAAUGACGAGCAUCGCGAGGCUCUCGAAGCUGGCGAGAAGCAGCUGGAGAAGAUCGAUGUGCAGAUCGCUGGAUUGCAGCAGCAGAUCAAGCUCUUAACAGAGGAGAAGGCACAAUAUAAAGAGGAUCGCACAGAGACUGCGAGGGCCAAAGCAAAGGCAGAGUCGGACGUCCUCGGGAUGCAAGAAAAUCAGAAUGCGGCCCAGCAAGCUCAAAGCGACCGCGCAAACCAGCUCCGCGACGUUCAAGCGCUGAUCAAACAACACGAAACAACCUUGGCCCAACUUCUACCCGAGUUCAACGCAAAGCGUGCGGAGGCAAAAGAUCUCAAGGAGCAGGUUCAGGAAGCCGAGUCCACCAGACAGCGACUCUACUCCAAGCAAGGUCGUCAGAACCAGUUCAAGACAAAGAAAGAACGCGAUGAGUGGCUUCGAAAGGAGGUCUCGGAAAUUCACAACAUUCUUGCGACCCGCAAGGCCAACAGCAUGCAGAUUACCGAAGACAUCGCGGAGCUGGAGUCGCAGAUUGGGCAGCUCGAGGAAGAUAUUGCCGAGUUGCGAAAUCGGAUUGAGAACAGAGGCGAUGAGCAACAUAACGUUUCCGCUGAGAUUCAACAGGCUGCAGAGGAGAAAGCUCGUCUGCAGGACCAGCGCAAGGAACUGUGGCGAGAGGAGGCCAAGCUUGACUCCGUCAUAGCUAAUGCGAGAUUGGAGCUGGAGAAGGCGGAAAGGUUUCUUGGCCAGAUGAUGGACGCAAGCACAGCCCGCGGUCUGGCUUCCGUGCGGAGAAUCGUCGAGCAAGAUGGCAUCGAGGGGGUGUAUGGCCCGUUGGGUGAGCUGUUCGAUUGCAGAGACUCGUACAAGACCGCUGCAGAAGUCACCGCUGGAGCAUCCCUCUUUCACUACGUCGUCGAGGACGACGAGGUUGCGGAGACGCUGAUCAAGCGACUGCAAGCCGAGAAGGGCGGACGUGUCACCUUUACGCCUCUCAACCGGGUCAAGGUCCGGCCGGUGGAGAUGCCCAAAGCGAGUGAUGCCGUUGCUCUGCUAAGCAAGCUCAGAUAUGAUGCGAAGUACGAGAAGGCGAUGCAGCAGGUGUUUGGAAAGACCAUCGUUUGCCCGAACUUGCAAGUCGCCGCGCAGUACGCUCGCAGCCACGCCGUCAGUGCCAUCACUCCUGAAGGCGAUCGAUCUGACAAGAAGGGUGCUCUGACUGGUGGCUUUCAUGAUGCCCGCAACUCGCGUAUCGAUGGCCUGAGACGCAUGAAGGCUGCUCGGCUGGAAUACGACGGCACCAGAUCUCGUAAAGACGAAAUAGGCAACGAACUCAAGCAGAUCGACCAAAAAGUUAGCAAAGCGAUGAGUUCACUCGAGAAGGUGCAGCAGAAGCGCGAUCAGAUGGAUGGUGGAUAUGGCCCGAUGCGAGAGGAGCUCCGACGGAAAGAGCUUGACCUGCGCAAUCGACGUGAAGAGGUCAGCGGCAAGCAGAACCAGCACGAUGGCAUCUCAAGUCUGCUCAGCGACCUAGGCAAUCAGCUGAGCGGUUUCGAGGCCGAACUUGCAUCAGAGUUUAAGAAAUCGCUGAGCAACCAGGAGGAACGCCAGCUGGAACAGCUGAAUAGCCAGCUGCCGGAUUUGAAAAAGCAGUAUACAACACUGUACAACGAGCUUGCGGACCUCGAGGGAACGAAGAGGAAUACCGAGGACACCCUCAGCGUGAACCUGCGGCCACGACGUGACGAGCUUCUCGCAGCAGACCUGGACAACGAUGCCACUAGAAGCGGCGCCGGAGACUCGACGAAGCUCAAGGAGCGCAAGUCCGAAGUAAAGCGUGCCACGAAGCGUCUCGACGGCAUCGACGCCAAGUUGAAAGAGAUUGAUGAUGCCAUCGACGAAGCGCAGAAUCAGCUGGGCGCCUCUGAGGCAAGCCGUGCCACGAAGCGCGGUGAAGUCGACAGAAUCGAGAAAGCCAUGCAGAACCACCAGAAGAACGUCGAGCGGGGCGCGCAGCGGCGGGCAGGACACGCAGCCCGUCUCGCGGAAGUGCAGAAUCAAAUUCGGAACUUGGGCAUAGUCCCCGAUGCGGCCUACAAACCGCAGUACAAGAAUAUGACGGUCAAUACCGCAACACAAAAGCUGCACAAAGUGCAAGAGUCUCUCAAGAAGUACGGCCACGUCAACAAGAAGGCUUUCGAGCAAUAUCAGCAGUUCGAAAAACAGCGCGCCGAUCUCGAAGAGCGCCGAAAGGGGCUCGAUAGUAGUGACAGCAGUAUUCGGGAACUGAUCGACGUGCUUGACAUGCGGAAAGACGAGGCCAUUGAGCGUACGUUCAAGCAAGUCAGCAAAGCUUUCGCCGAAAUCUUCGUCAAACUUGUGCCCGCUGGCAAAGGUCGUCUGAUCAUCCAACGCCGAAGCGAUAAGAACGCAAAUGGAGGAGCAGCUCCAGACGACAGUGACGAGGACGAAGACGAGGAGACUGUGCGCGCACGCACCGGCGUGGAGAACUACAUUGGGGUCGGCAUCUCCGUGUCGUUCAACAGCAAGCACGAUGAGCAGCAGCGGAUUCAGCAGCUCAGCGGAGGACAAAAGUCGCUCUGUGCGUUGGCGUUGGUGUUCGCCAUUCAACGCUCGGACCCCGCUCCUUUCUACCUCUUCGAUGAGAUCGACGCCAAUCUGGAUGCUCAGUAUCGUACGGCGGUGGCGCAGCUGUUGGAGGAGAGCGCAGAGACGGGCCAGUUCAUCUGCACGACCUUCAGGCCGGAAAUGUUGCUGGUCGCGGAGAAGUGCUAUGGUGUGAGCUACCUGAACAAGGCGAGUAGCAUUGAUGUCGUUAGCACGGAGCAAGCGCUCGACUUUGUGGAGGGUCAGAUCAGUGGAAAGUAA